UGUUUAGUCGCUUCGCCGUACAGAAGUGGAGAACUAAAAUGGCGUCCGGUGCCAUUUCAGCAGAGACUAAGAAGAUAACGGAUUUACGCGUUGUUGAUUUAAAAACUGAACUCAAGCGGAGGAACUUGGACGUUACAGGAGUGAAAAAUGUUCUCAUUGCAAGACUGAAACAGGCAUUAGAAGAGGAAGGUGGUGAUCCAGAAAACAUUGAGAUCCCUGUUUCAGCCGACACAGCUACUAGGAAGAAUGCAAAAUCCAAAGGAAGGAAGAACGACUCUGACCUUGACACCACAAUGGAAGAGGAUGCAUUUUCCAAGGAGCACGAAGAGGAUGAAUCUGAGAAAGAUGUAACUGAUACUGAUGAUGCUACUCGUGAAAAUACUAAAUCCUUCUCCGAUGGGGAUGGCCUCGUCGAGCCUGAGGCACAGCCAGACCUGGAGGCAGAGUCUGAGAUUGAGGCCGAGGCAGAGCCUGAGAUUGAGGCAGAGCUGGAGCCCGAUCUUGAGGCUGAGGCAGAAGUCGAACCUGAAGACCCAGUGACUGAGGCCUUGGAGAGCAAAGCCGCUACCGAACCUGCCAAAGAGGUCGAAGAUGAUAACAUAUCCGUCACCAUCCAGGCUGAAGAUGCCAUCACGCUGGAUGUGGAUGGCGACGACCUCCUGGAAACAGGUAAACAUGUGAAACUUCCAGAUUCUGAGGCGGACAAGGGCUGUGGGGAGGCGGAAGCCUCUGCCGAGACGAGGCAGGAGGCAGACUCGAUGGCCGAAGUAAAGGACAGCCACAAAGAUUGUAAGAGAGACGAUGGCCCGAAGACUGAUGCCACCAAGAAGGACAGCAGGGAGGCCUUGAAGAAAGCGGAAACGGGAGAUAAAGAAAAGGAUUCUGGGAAGAAAGGCCCCUCUUCUGCUGGGGCAGCAGGUCAAGCAAAGAGCUCCUCAAAAGACAGAGAUGGGAAGACCACAAAAGAUGAAAAAGCAGGAAACAACAGCACUAGCUCUACUCGUAACUUGUGGGUUAGCGGCCUCUCCUCAAACACCAAAGCAGCUGAUUUAAAGAAUCUUUUUGGCAAAUAUGGAAAGGUUUUCAGCGCCAAAGUAGUCACCAAUGCCCGUAGCCCAGGAGCUAAAUGCUAUGGCUUGGUGACUAUGUCCUCCAGUGCUGAGGUGGCACGAUGCAUAUCCCAUCUGGACUGCACUGAGCUCCAUGGUCAGCAGAUAUCUGUGGACAGGGUGAAAAGUGACCCUUUCAAGAAGGACUCUAAAAAAGAAGCAGAGGAUAAAACCGGAUCCAAUAAAGUAUCAGGGGACAAGCGCAUUUCCGCUGGGCUGAAGACCGCUAGCAAGAUUCAGGCCUCCUCCAAAAAGGAAGAGAAGAAGCCAGCUGAAAAGGACAACAAAGAAUCUUCCAAGAAACAGGAGUCGAAAAGCACCAAGUCUGACGCUCCAUCCUCUAGCUCUGUUUCUGACCCCAAGAAGGACGAGAAGAAGCAUGGGCGGAAGAGUCCAGGGAAGAUGCUCGUGGUCGAACAGUCUAAAGUCCAGCCAGGCUUCAACAAACCUCGCCUGCCGUUCAGAAGGGGAGGGAGGUUUGACAAGCCUGCUGCUCCCAAUAUGAUGAAUAGACGUCCUCGCUGGCUCAUUCCUCCUGAACAGAUAGAAGCAAUAAAGAAAGCGAGGCCUUUUCCCAACAAAGGUGGCAAUAGGGACAUCCUUCCCUUUGAGAAAAUGAAAGAACAGAGGAUGCGUGAGCGCAUGGUUAGAAUGGAGAGAGUCCGCAGGGCCAUGGAACUGCGCAGGCGACGUGAGAUGGCAGAACGGGAGCGCAGAGAGCGCGAACGACUGCGAGUAAUGCGAGAGCGUGAGGAGAGGGAGAACCUGAUGCGUGAGCGCCAGAGGCUCGAGAUGGAGCGGCAGAAACUGGAGCGUGAACGCAUGGAGCGAGAGCGCUUGGAGAGAGAGAGGAUCCGCAUAGAACAGGAGCGCCGAAAGGAAGCAGAGCGCCUGGCUCGGGAGCGGGAGGAGCUGAGGAGGCAGCAAGAGCAGUUACGCUACGAGCAGGAGAAACGCAACAACCUGAAGAGAGGCCGUGAUGUGGACCACAGGAGGGAUGACUCUUACUGGAACGGCAAUAAGAAAAUUCAGCCAGAGUCAGAGGGCCGAAUGAGCCAGGCAUCAGACUACAGCAACCGGCAGCAGGGCCGCUUCAGUGACUUCAGCUCCAGAGACCGAACACGUUUCCCAGACAGUACUGCAGUCCAGCCCAACAACUUUGAGAGGCGGAAUCGGUUUGAUGGUGAACCAGAGGCUAAGAAGAAUCGUCCAGACCCACGGCGUGAAGGUUCUGGGUUUGAGCGCUACCCUAAAAGCUUUGAUGGCGUGCGCCGAACUGAGCCCCCACCCCCUUCAGGCCGCUCUGAUCUUCGUGACACAGACCGGCGAGAUAUUCGUGACAGAGACGAACGUCGCCCCGUGUCACUGCCUGAACGCCCAGCAGGAGGCAGAGCUCCUCCACCAGCCAUAAGCCACUCUCGCUCGGCCAGAGACACCGGCCACACAGGCUGGAAAAACGACGGUGGCAUAAGCACCAAGCCGUCUGAUGUCAGGGGAGCGGUGCGGAUGCGUCCGGAGCACUCGGGCCGAGAUGGGCCGGGCCCUAACAUGAGAGGCGCCUCCUCAGCCAAUCGCGGCAGAGGCUCCUUCAGUAGCCGAGAUGGAGGCAGACCUGCAGUCAUGGCUGAUCAGCAGCAUUUCAGCAGUGGAAGGCAGGUGGUGGUGGAGAGGCACGGCCGGGAUCAGGGACCCAGAAAGGAGUGGCAUAGCAGCGGCUCGCAGAGUGGAGGUUUCCCUGAUAACCGGCGCAUGGCAGAAAGUCGACCUGCCAUGAUGGCUCCACAUUCCAGCCAUUCCUCCGGUGGCAUGAACAGAAUCGUCCAGAUCACAAAUGUCCCAAUGGCUGGCAGCAGCGGAGGAUUCAAACCCUUCAAAGGGAGGUUCUAGCAACCUGCUCUCCUUUUGCAACAGAAAAUAAAAUACAUUUUAUAACUUAAUUUCUUUGUUUUUUUUUUUUGGUUUGUUUUUUAAGUUUGAGAUAUUUGAUGUUUUUAACUGGUUGGACUGAAUAUUGUAAACAAGCUUUUUUUUUUUUUUUUUUUGUAUAGAUCCUUGUUAAGCGAAAUGUUGGACUUGUUCCUCAGCUGUUCUCCUAUGAGCUGUAAAAAGUGCAUAGACAUGUUACUUUAGUUCACCACACUGUACAGGCAGCUUGAGCAGUUGUUGUUUUUUGCCCCCACCUCCUUUGUGUAUUUAAACUAUGUUUGAAAAGGGAGACUAAAGACUCACCUGCAUACUUUUGUCUAGUGUUUAAUAAUUCUGAUGCUGCACUGCUGAUUUCAGUGUCUCCCUGUGUUGAUGUUUCCAUUUUAAAAUCAUGAAGGGUUUGUUAAAGGGCAGAUAAGCCGUGUGUAUGCGUGUGUCAAAGAGCAAAAGCAGGCAGUGCGGUAUUGGGGAACAGUGCAGCGUGUUCUUCCUGUUUCGUGAUGUUCUGGAUUUGCUGUUUCAUUAAAAUCCUACAGCUUGUUA